UUUGUAUAAGUUCAGCAUCUAUUAUCUAUCUCCCUCCCUUGACAACCAACCAUAGCAAUGAUUCUCCUCUUCUCCAUAGCUCUCUCCAUAAUCUUCAUCUACUAUUUCCUCUACCAAAAACCAACAAAACCAAAUCUCCCACCACUCGUCCCAGGCCUCCCCUUGAUCGGAAACCUCCACCAGCUCUCCGCGGCGCCGCUCCUACACAUCCACCUCUCCCAUCUCUCCAAGCUCCACGGCCCCCUCCUCCGCCUAAACCUCGGCUCAAACCCGGUCAUCGUAAUCUCCUCCGCAGAGCUAGCGGAGGAGGUCCUCAAACACCAAGACUCCGCCUUCUGCAGCCGCCCCACGCUCGUCGCGCAGCGCCGCCUCUCCUACAACGCCGCCGACAUGGCCUUCGCCCCCUACGGCCCCCACUGGAGGGACCUGAGGAGGAUCGCCGCCACGCACCUCCUCAGCCCUCCAAAGGUCAAGUCCUUCCGCGCCGUGCGCGAAGACGAGGUGGCGCGCAUGAUCGCCAAGAUCUCGUGCCACUGCGCCUCUUCCUCUCCGGUCAACCUCAGCGAGGCGGCGAUGGGGCUGACCACGACGCUGAUUUGCAGGAUCGGCUUCGGGAGGAGGUACGAGGACCAAGGGAACGAGCUGCGCCGGUUCCAGGAGCUGCUGAAGGAGCUCCGGCAGCUUCUCGCGGCCUUCUUUGUGUCGGAUUAUUUUCCGGCUCUGAGUUGGGUCGAUAGAGCUUCUGGAUUGAUGAAUCGGCUUGAUAGCGCGUUCGAGAAGCUCGAUUCGUUCUACCAAGAACUCAUCGAUGAGCAUCUCCGGGCCGGAGAUGUGGACGACGACGAGGAGGAUAUCCUUGGCAUGCAAAUAAAGCUCGAACUCAACUCGUAUAAACCUACUAAUUGGGAUCGGGUUAAGGCAUUGUUGAUGGACUUAUUUUUGGGUGGAACGGACUCAAGUGCAGCCUCGAUAGUUUGGAUCAUGACGGCGUUGAUUAAGGCUCCACACAUCAUGAAAAAGGUGCAAACAGAAAUCAGACACGUGGUGGGAAACAAGAGAAAAGUAGACGAAGAUGAUCUGCCAAAGCUUCCCUAUCUAAAAGCAGUCAUCCACGAGACAUUCCGGUUGUACACUCCGCUUCCAAUGCUUGCACCAAGAGAAACCACUCAAAAAUGUGUGCUAGAUGGCUACGAGAUUCAGCCGAAAACUACUGUUUAUGUGAACGUGUGGGCGAUUGCAAGAGAUCCCGAAUAUUGGAAAACUGACCCGGAAGAAUUCUUGCCGGAGAGGUUCUAUGGUAGUGAGAUGGACGCCAAAGGCAAAGAUUUCGGGUUGAUCCCGUUCGGAUCGGGCCGGAGAAUCUGCCCCGGGAUGUUCAUGGGACUUGCUAACGUGGAGCUUGCGGUUGCGAAUUUGCUCUUCUCUUUUGAUUGGGAAGUGCCUCAAGGAAGUGAAGUAGACACUGAUGUUUUGCCUGGACUUAUUAUGCAUAAGAAGAAUCCACUUCUCCUACUGCCUAAACUGUAUCAAAGUUAGAUAAGUAGUCAUGAUCACUUGUUACUAAAUAAAUGGAGGCGUUUUUGGGCCAAAUUGCAUGUAUAUAUAGAAUUCUGAUUAAUGUAUUAAUCGUGAAUCGUGAUGAAUGGAAUUCUAGAAUUUGGGCU